AUGAAGGGUUAUGAUUUGUGUGAUAUACAUAAAAAAAGCAUCUCGUGUAUCUGCAAAACUGACAGUAAACUUUGCUGUGAGAUGUGUUUAAAGGAGAAACAUGAAAACUGUGAUACAGUUGAUUCCAUUUCUGAAGAAACGUGUGAACCAACACACAAUCCAAGGAUGGAAAUACCUCGACUGCAAAGCGAAGCCCGCCUGCUUAUCGCAUGGUUGUCUUCCAUUGAAACAGAUGUUAACAAGAAUAUAGAAAGUAUUCCUGCAAGGUUAGAUGAUUACAGAAAUGCGUUAGUGAAGUUAUUUGAUUCUGAAGCCCAAAAAGUAACAGAGAGAGCUAAUGGAAUGAAAAGUAGUACAUUGAAAGAAAUAAAGAAAAAAAGAAAAUACUUUGAGGAUCUCAUUGAGAAAUCUGAACAGGCAAAACCUCUACUGAUUAAUAUGACUAAAUGUGGCACAACCUCACAAAAACAUAUUGCUCAAUGUCGGAUACAGGAAUUCAUUAAUGGACUGCAGUCCCUGACAGAUAUUGAUAUUGUAUCUUUACAUAUGGAAUUGAAAUUACCAAAACAAAUUGCAUUUCAUUCUGAACUUCUACCAGUACGAGUUGAGGCACCGGGAACCAGACCGUUACAGUUGUUUCAGAUUGGUGCGCUUGAACUAAAGCAGAAUGGAAACGAAGAAAAAGUGCCAUUUUACUCAGGUCUGGAUUUUCUACCAGAUGGCAGACUUGUUACCGUGGAUAAUCAAAACAGUGAAUGUUUGAUAUACAACGAGAAACUUAUGAAAGUAGGAUCAUAUCAGUUAUCGUAUCAUCCACAGAGUGUUGUUGUUGUAUCUGAGGAGGAAGUGGCGAUAACAAGUGCUGGUGGAAAGAGGAUAAACUUUCUACGUGUAAGUAAAUCGAAAGAAAUAACUUCAGUCAGGACAUGUACAGUAGAAACCAAAUAUGUGUCGAUAUGUCUGAAGGAUGAUAAGAAUUUUGUUGUUGGAGCAGUCGAUCAUACAAGACCUGUUCGUAUUGUAUCUUUGUCAGGAGAAGAGAAAGAUUUCAGUACCAACUUUCUAAACAAAAAGUACCCUAUUGGCACCAGUGCAUGUACAUAUAUAAGAAACACAGACAAAGUUGCUCUAACUGAUAACAGUAAUCACACAGUCUAUAUAUACGACACAACGACCCACACCAGAGUCGAUAUCAAGGACAAACAAAUCAGAGAGCCAAGAGGUGUCGCAGUAGGACCAUUUGAUUGUAUAUUUGUUUGUAGUCAAGGAACAGACAGAAUUGUACAGAUUUCUCCGCUUGGAAAAAAUGUAGCGUCUUAUAAGAUAGAUAUGAUGAUGCCUUACAGUAUUUGUUUCUCAAAGGACAAAACAAGACUUGCCAUUUCUAACAGUGCUGGGGAAGGCAGAAAAUUGCAACUCUUCAAAGUAGUAAUAUGA